GUCAAAUAUGCGACGGUAUAGUGUGGUUGAGGUAGAGAUAAGGUAAAUGAAAGAAGUGUUUAUGUAAGCGAGCUAAGAGGGGCUGUGUACGUAGACCCAAAAAAUUGGCAGCGACAGACUGCGGUAAUAUGUGUAUCGUUUUUCAUUCUCAACCUGAGAAGAAAAGUCUCUUUGCAACAAAGAAGUCUUCUCCAAUAAAUCUCGAGUGUUAAUUGAGUGGCCAGCCAACCAGAAUAACUGUCAGUUCCCCCCUCAACCACAAUUUUUUUUUGGGACUGUUCAGGGCCACCGAUCCAUUGGCCCAUCCAAUCAGGUGGCUGUGCUGCAACCUCAUCAGAAAAUACUCAGCGUUGGCGGUUAUUGAGCUACUGAUCCCUUUCUCCACUUUCUAUGACUGGUCCCAAUAUUCCACACGCUCAAACAUCUUUGAACCAUGAGCAGGUGGAUGAGCUAAGAAGCCUUUUUAAAUCUUUUGAUCGAAAUCACGACGGUACCAUCAGUCGAGAGGAGCUUUAUAGUGUACUUGCGUCGAUGAAUAUGCUACCUACGAAUGAACAGCUGGAUGCUAUGCUCCCUGAUGGUAAGCCUGCAUCAUUCGACGUGUUCUGUAACAUCAUGUCACCGACGUUUAAUGAACAAAGCUCGGAAAAAACGGCGGACCAAGAGCUUAUGGAGGCAUUUAAAGCGUUUGACAAGGAUGGGAAUGGGUAUAUCUCAGCUUCGGAACUGAAGAGCAUGAUGCGCAGCCUUGGUGAUAGAGUAUCGGACGAAGACGUACAGAAAAUAAUAUCGGACGUGGAUGCUAAUGGCGACGGUAUGGUCAGCUAUGAAGAGUACCUUACCAUGAUGCGACUGAAUAAUAAUGGUCCGAGUGCUGACAUUAAACGUAAGAAGGAAAAGAACCGCAAGAGCCUCCUCAAGAUGAAAGGAUGGUUUCACAAGCUGAAGCGAGAGAGAUAGAGAAAAUAGCGUGCAAGAGGCUGGUCCUCAUGUACCUAAGUGGACUGACUUGUAAUCGGGAAUUAUGCUACUUUCCUAUUUGCCAGAUUUUUUAUAGACGUCGAAUA